AUGAUUGUUAACAUCGUUAACAUCUGUGGAAUGAUGUUCUUAAAAAAUGUAAUGUACAAGACGAAAUCACUUGCCGACUAUCUUCAAGGAGAGACAGUUGAUAUUGCUAGCGCGCUCAUUGCAAUGGAGUCAACACAUGAUUGUCUGCGGAGAAUCCGAAUGGCUGACAAAGAGAUCGACCAAGUCCUAGCUGCAAUUGAAGUGGCCAGAAAUGUCGGAGCUGACCCGAUUGCUGAUUUCUCAAGACUACACAUAAUAAGGAGACCAUCCAGACGCCUUGAUGACCAACCAGAAACAACUGCAGUUGAGUUAACGAACGUAUCCACCUUUUAUCGCGCCGAAUUUUUCAAGUUCAUGGAUCAAAUGUGCACCACAUUAAUGGAGAAACAAAUUUGUCUUAAGUACACUUUUAAUCCGUUCCUAAAGGUAUUGCAUCCAGAAACACCAGGAACAAUCCAGAAUGUGCAAGAAUUAGUAGGUGCGUUCCCGUCUGCGUUCUCGCAGGAAUCAAGCUUAGCAUUACACAGUGAAUUGUUCGUUUUCUUUGAAUAUGCGCUGAAGGAACAUAGACGAAUGGAAGAAGAACGUCAGUCACAACUCACAAGGUCUUGA